UGGGACACUGUAGUCCCGCGGCGGCGCGCUGUCGCCAUGUCACCUAGAGAGAAACAUUUAGCGCUGCUCUCCGUUUUAGCCCUCCUGACUGUCGCCUUUUAUUAUAUCCCCUCUUUCCUUUAUGCAACUUUAAUCCUAGGCUUUUGUGGUUUUGCGUGUUAUUAUCGCAGCGGGGAACCUCUUCCCGCCAGGUUAGGCCGGAAUCCGCGGCGUUUCCUGAGCGUUCCGGCCGCGCUCCGGCGCUGGUUGGCGGACUUUGGGGCGAGCGGGCUGUCGGUGACCGCCCGGGGGAAAGCGAGGUUCAGCAGCAGCAGCAGAAGAAGAGCAGACCUGCAGGAGACAGAGGGACACUUCAGACAGAGACCCGGGGAAAGCGGGUUUUAUCGCAGGGAGGCUUUAGCCCGGGACUCGUUUAUGUUCAGCCCCCGGGAUUUCCUCAUGGGGAGUUACAUCGUGAAGCCCGACAGCCCCGGGAGGCCCCGGAGGAACCCCCGGGAGCAGCUGCGGGAGAAGCUGUCCAGACCCAAUUAUGCAGUCCACACUCCCAACAGGAGGCUUUCCUUCCAUGGGGAGACACCGGGUACACCGGGCAGGUUCACCAUCACCCCACAGCGUCACUACCCCCUGCAGCAGCCAGGUGUUUCAUCAGUGGGAGUCCUCCCUCCUACGAGUUGGGACGGCUUCAGAAAGAAAAGCAUCUUGAGCCCUCGUAAUUUCCCGGCUGCCCUCAGUCCAGUCACUGUGAAGAUUGCCAGACCCGACCACAGCAGCCCCAGAAUGGAUCAUCUGAGCUGUGCUGAGGUCACCAGGACCCCUGCAGACCCCUGCUCCAAAGAGAGUGUCCUCAGGGUGUUGAAGGAAAGCCGUAAGAGGGAUGUGGAGGAUGAGGACAGGAGCUUCACAACAGAACAGAAAAGCAAAAGAAGGCGCAAUGACAGUGGUGGAAGUGCACACUCUGCUUUUGAGUCUCUUUUGCCCAACGGAGCACCGUCACAACUUAUUCCUAAGCCAGGAAGCCUGAAAAGAGGGAUGACCUCUGCGGCGGAGGAUUCAAUCAUGAAGAGGUCUCGCACCUCCUCCAUUAGUUCCGGGACUGCGCUCCACGCCUCAAGAGGAAGCUCGGGCACCAGGAGAAAUGCUAUCCAAAGUUCUUACAGCUCCUCUAUGGGUCUCAGUCAGGGUAGGAAAACAUCAGCACCCAGCUCUGCUCUCUCUAGUCCUGGCUCAUCUCGCUCCCAAACUCCAGAGGGAGUCUCCAAAAGACCCAGGGAGGAGGACACCCAAUCUCCCAGCUCAGCAUCUUCAGUGAAGUCAGAUCACAACACAUCUGACCGGAUACACACUACUUCAAACCUGACUCCAAUCCCCAAAGUCCCAGUCACCACCUCAACAAACUCUGCUGGUAGUGGUGGGAAGAGAAAACGGAAGAUCCAGCUGGUAUCCAGCCACCGGGAUGAUCAGAUCACCCUGCCUCCGCCUCCCGAGUUGGGUUACACGGUCACUGCAAAAGAUCUUGAUGAAGAGAAAAAGGCUGCCAUCAGUAAGAUUCAGAAGGUCCUCGAGACCCCCGCUCCAGAACCAGAGAAGGCUGCAGCUCCCCCAGCAGCCACUUCCACUCAGCCGCCUUCCUCCACCAGUUCUACCACCACCACCCUGAGCAGCCUUCUUGCAGCUCCCUUGUCCACAAUGUCCAGCACAAACAUCCCAGUUAUCAACCUGGAUUCCAGUCCAGCCCCCAAAGUCAGCACAGCUCCUGCAAUCUCCAACCCACUUCUGGAGGCUCUGAAGAUGAAGACUAUUACUCCUGCUAGCUCCAUCUCUGCUGCCAGUACAAUCACAGUGUCUGUGUCAGCGACACCUGUGCCAGCCGGCAGCUUAAACCUGAAAGGAUCAAGUGCAGCCCCGCAGCUCGCCCCUACUUCCCAGUCCUCCCCUGGUGGGGUGGGGGGACCGUCUGCCUUCUCCCAGCUGCUGAGCCAGGUGUCCAAAGCUCCCACCAGCGCACCUGCACCAGUAGCAACCCUGUUUGGCCUGUCCAGCCAGGUCAGCUCCCCCUCAUCGUCUUUGGCCUCUCCCCAAGUCACUGCUACUCUUACCCCGGUCACUGCUGCUGCUGCUGCCGCCCCGGCUAGCAGCUCUGGGCCCGUCAGUAACACCAACCCACUGCUGGCAUCGGGGUUCAAGCCCAUCUUUCCCGCUACCACCACCAGCUCCCCGGCUACAUCCUCUUCCGAAAUCAAAGCUUCCAUCCAAAAUUUUAAGCCCAUCUUUGGAGACGCCACAGCCACAGCAGCUGCAGCUUUUGCACAACCCACAUCCCUCACAACCGCAUCUACAGCCUCUACAACUCCUGCGAGUAGUACACCGUCAAUGUUUGGUGUAUCGACAAGUAGCACCACAGCCGCCCCUCCUCCUUAUCCCGGCUUUAACACCUCUGGUAGCCUCGCCGCCGCCGCCGCAGGUUCCAUCACCACUGCUCAGCCUGCAGCUACGAUGGCUGUAAAAACCCUCUUUGGAAACUGGUCCAAGCCAUCUACGACGAGUAGCAGCGCGGCCUCAGUGCAACCUCUAAAUACAGGGAGCACGUUUUCCUUCGGAGCUGCGACCACAGGGACCACAGCAGCUGCUCCUGCUGCUCCUGCUGUCGCCACCACCGCCUCCACCCAGGGAGCCUUCACAUUUGGGGCCACACAACCCAACCCCCAAGCUUCCACCCAGAAAGUAUUUAGCUUUGGACAGACAGCUCCCACCCAGAAUACAACCACCGCUUCAUUCGGCGGCUUUGCCAUGGCCACCACGGCUUCCACCGCUGCUGCCACCUCCGCCCCCCAGUCCACCUUCGCCUUUGGAAAGCCGGCUUUUGACGCAGCAGCAGCAGCAGCAGCACCACCUUCUUUUGCACCGCCACCUUCUUUUGGUUCUACAGCAGCACAACCAAAACCGUUCACCUUCGGGAACAGCGGUUCCUCGGCCCCAGCCUCCUCUAACCCGGCCCCAGCCCCGGCCCCGGCUCCCUUCACUUUUGGGGCAGCAGCCACGACCACAGCAACAACCUUUGGUACCCCGGCCAAACCCACAUUCGGAGCUAGCUCUACUGGUUUUGCUUUCGGCGCCACCCAAGCUCCUUCGGCUCCACCCAGUUUUGGUGCAGCCACUCAGACUCAGAGCUCCUCGUCAUCCACCUUCACGUUCGGUGGUGCUGCUCCUCAGCCGGCCCCCGCCGGCCCCGCACAGCCGGCUACCGGCGGGUUUAACUUUGCUCCCAGUAUGCCGUGCCCCCAGUUUGGGACACCAGUUUCUAAUCCUCCCGCACCGCAGAUGGGAAGCUUCAACUUUGGGGCAGCAGCAACAGACAAACCCGCUUUUGGAACAUCUACGCCAUCAUUUGGCCAGAGUGCUGCUGCUGCUCCCAUUCCUUUUGGAAGUCCUGGAACGCCUGUCCAAGGAUUCAACCCUCCCGUUCAACAGUUUGGGACUCCAGCAACUCCCUCCUUCUCCAUCGGAGCCGGAUCGAGACCGUCUGGAGCACGGCAGAGGCUUCAAGCACGAAGGCAACACAAUAGAAAGAAGUAAUCUGCUCCACCUCCGUCGGGGACUUCAGCUGUUGCUGCCACGGCUAACCGGGCAAACGUUGCUCCGUUUCCACCCCAGCAUCUCCCAGUCAGGCCGCCUCCAUGCCCUCUGCUUUCUCCCCCUCCUCCGGUGGGUUGUGCUGUCCCAGAGCAGCUGGAAGGGGCACAUCGGCGCGAUGUGCUGCCGGGAUAACUACACGGGCCAAUGAGGGAAUGUAGCCGCAGGGAGAAGAAACCCAUAGCAAUGUACUAUACUUGAAGAGAGAGAAGACAGUUUAAUAGUCUGAUUGUGAACAAAAAAACAUAUCCAAAGUUCUCUUUUUUUUUUUUCUCCCUUUUUAAAGUUCACGGACACUCGCAUUGAGUCGUCUUAAGGAAGAAAUUUGAGCCAGGCAGAGACACAGAGCCUCGGCUCAAAUAUUUAUUUUUUUACGCGCCACUCUUGCUGGUUUGUAUGUUACCAUUCAAGUAAAUUCUCCGAGUCUGAGUGCGGGGAAUGCUCCGCUGAUUUAAAUGAGGUACACAACACUGCAGUGUAAAUGUAAAGUGAAUGAGAUGUUUGCAUUUAAAUUAUUUUUUUAAUUGGCUCUCUGACCCUGUGAAGGAAUGUGUUUCUGUACUUAAAGGGCAACUUAGUAAAUGUCUUAAUGUA